AUGGAACUCUCAAAUCCAAUUGUCACAAUAUUUAGCAUUCUCUUAGUUCUUCUUAUUUCCAUUUGUAUACACAAUCUAAAAAAACAAAAGAAGGAUGCGAAAAAAUAUCAUCCAUUUGGUGGCACAGUAUUCGAUAUGCUUAAGAAUUAUGGCCAGUUGCAUCACUAUAUGACUGAUCACGCAGCUAAAUACAAAACGUACAGAAUAUUUAGCCCUUUUCAUGGUGAGGUGUAUACAGCUGAUCCUGUGAAUGUUGAAUAUAUGCUCAAGACCAAUUUCCAAAACUAUGGAAAGGGAACAUAUAGUCGCAGCAUUAUAAAAGAGCUACUUGGUGACGGAAUAUUUGCAGUAGAUGGGACUAGUUGGCAGCAACAAAGGAGGGUAUCAAGCCGAGAGUUUUCUACAAAAAUCUUGAGAGAUUUUAGUAGUGCCACAUUCAAAGAGUGUGCAAUAAAACUCGGGAACAUAUUUUCAGAGGCAGCAAAGAGUAGUAACCAAAUAAUCGAUAUAAAUGACUGGUUUAUGAAAGCGACAACAGAUUCAAUCUUUAAAGUUGGCUUUGGAGUGGAUCUUAAUAAUUUAAGCGGUGCAACUGAGGAAAACCUCAAAUUUAUGCGUGCAUUUGAUGAUGCAAACACUUUGACGUAUGAAAGGUUUGUUGAUAUAACAUGGAAGAUCAAGAAGUUUUUUAAUAUUGGAUUUGAAGCGGAGUUGAAGAAAAACAUCAAGGUGAUUGACGAGUUUGUUUACAAGGUGAUCCGGACUAAGACUGAACAAAUGCAUAACUCAAAGGAUGACUCUCCGUUGAAGAAACAAGACAUACUAUCGAGGUUUAUACAAAUUAAUGAUAGAGAUCAAAAGUACUUACGGGAUAUAAUACUUAACUUUGUACUUGCUGGUAAAGAUCCUAUCGCGAUUACUAUGUCUUGGUUCAUAUAUAUGCUUUGCAAACACCCUGAAAUCCAAGAAAAGAUUGCGAAAGAAAUCCAAGAAGCUACUGAAAUCAACGAAAAGAUUACAAGUGUCGCUGAUUUUGCGGCUAAUGUGAACGAGGACAUAAUCAAUAAAAUGCAAUAUCUUCAAGCAGCUUUGUCGGAAACUAUUCGACUCUAUCCAGCAUUACCGGUGGAUCCAAAAAUAUGUUUUGCAGAUGACGUUCUUCCAGAUGGUUGUAACGUGAAGAAAGGAGAUUUGGUAGCUUAUCUUCCAUAUGCAAUGGGAAGAAUGAAGUUCAUUUGGGGUGAUGAUGCACUCGAGUUUAAGCCAACAAGAUGGCUAGAUCACAAUGGUUAUUUUCGUUCGGAAAGUCCUUUUAAAUUUACGGCUUUUCAGGCUGGACCAAGAACCUGUUUGGGUCAAGAUUUUGCAUAUAGGCAACUGAAGAUCUUCUCUUCUAUCUUGUUGGGUUGCUUUCAGUUUAGGCUGAGUGAUGAAAAAGAUGAGUACACAUACCGAAUGUCCAUUAAUAUUCACGUCGAUCGCCCGUUACAAGUGCGCGUUUUCAAUAGAUAUGGGCUUACCGAUCCAUGA